GUACGCUUCGCCCAGGAUCAUCUUGGUUACAUAUGCUCACCCCAGAACAUACAACGAUUCAUGGAACACUAUGACUGCAUUAUGGAGCAAGAGGCUCUGAGGAAGGGUAAUUGUCGGCGACACAUAAUGGGAGAGGCAGUCCCCGGAAAGGAUGAACAUAAAUGUCGUGGCGUGAAGUUGUAUCGCGCCUGUCUCGCUCCUUUUUUGAAAAAGGACUGCGCCCCAGGUGCCUUAGGAGAAUUCGAUGCCAGUGUUCGUCAAUUUGGUUGCAUAGUCGAAUAG